GACAUGCAGCUGCACUUGGAUGAUGCUCUGGGGACACAGGAGGACCUGAAGGAGCAGGUGGCCAUGGUGGAGCGCAGAGCAAACCUGUUGCAGGCUGAAGUUGAGGAGCUACGGGCAGCCCUGGAGCAGACAGAGCAGUCGAGGAAAGUGGCUGAGCAGGAGCUUCUGGAUGCCACUGAACGUGUGCAGCUCCUCCAUACCCAGAACACCAGCCUUUUUAAUACAAAGAAGAAGCUUGAAACUGAUAUGGCACAAAUCCAAACUGAGAUGGAAGAUAUUACUAAUGAAGCAAAAAAUGCUGAAGAAAGAGCAAAGAAGGCAAUCACAGAUGCAGCCAUGAUGGCAGAAGAGCUGAAGAAGGAGCAGGACACCAGCGCCCACCUGGAGAGGAUGAAGAAGAACCUGGACCAGACAGUGAAGGACCUGCAGCACCGUCUGGAUGAGGCCGAGCAGUUGGCACUGAAGGGAGGCAAGAAACAACUCUUGAAGAUGGAGGCCAGGAUCCGAGAGUUAGAAGCUGAGCUGGAAGAAGAACAUAAACAAUCUGCAGAGGCUAUGAAAAACAUCCGCAAAUAUGAACGGCGUGUCAAAGAGCUUACUUUCCAGGUGGGUAUAAAUAGAAAGCAAUUCUCCUGA